AUGAUCUUCAACCUCGAGGGCCUGACGGUCUACUUCCCGUACGAGUACCUGUACCCGGAGCAGUACCGAUACAUGCUCGAGCUGAAGCGCGCGCUCGACGCGAAGGGCCACGGGUGCCUCGAGAUGCCCACGGGCACCGGCAAGACCAUCACGUGCCUCUCGCUCAUCACCUCCUACCAGCUCCAGAACCCGGAGUGCGGUAAGCUCAUCUACUGCACCCGCACCGUGCCGGAGAUGGAGAAGGUGCUCGCGGAGCUGCGGAACCUGCAGGCGUACCGCGAGAAGCACGUCGGCAAGGCUUCGCAGAUCAUGGCGCUCGGCCUGUCGUCCAGGAAAAACAUGUGCAUCCACCCCAAGGUGGCCGACGAGGGCAGCAGGGAGAGCGUCGACGCGAAUUGCCGCCGGCUCACGGCGUCGUGGGUGAGGGAUAAGCACAUGGCGGCGCUGGCGAACGAGGAGGAGGCGCCCGAGAACGCCCCGGAGCUCUGCGAGUUCUUUGAAGAUUACGAAAAGGAGGGACCCAACGCGAUUCUCCCGCCGGGAGUCUACACCCUGGCGGACCUGAGGGACUUCGGGCGUAAGAAGGGCUGGUGCCCGUACUUUCUCGCGCGGCACAUGAUCUCCUUCGCCAACGUCGUGGUGUACAACUACCAGUACCUGCUGGAUCCCAAGGUUGCCAACAUGGUGUCGCGGGAGUUGGAGAGGGAGUGCGUCGUGGUAUUCGACGAGGCGCAUAACAUCGACAACGUGUGCAUCGAGGCGCUGAGCGUGAACUUGAGGCAGCAGACGCUGGACGGCGCGAGCCGAAACAUCGCGCAGCUGACGCAGCGCAUCGAGCACGUCAAGGCGCACGACGAGCAGAGGCUUCGGGAGGAGUACACUCGGCUGGUGAACGGCUUGGCGCAGCAGGGCGUGCUCGACAGGGCUCGGAGCGACCAGCUCAUCGCGAAUCCCGUGAUAUCCGAGGACAUCCUGCGCGAAGCGGUGCCGGGUAACAUACGACGCGCGGAGCACUUCAUCGCGUUCCUGAGACGCUUCGUCGAGUACCUCAAGCAGCGGAUGCGGGGCGGCUCCGUGGAGCAAGAGACGCCGAUUGCGUUUUUGGCGCACCUUCAGCAGACGGCGGCGAUUGACGGCAAGACGCUCAAGUUCUGCUACGAUCGCAUCACGUCGCUGCUGAAGACGCUGGAGGUUGUGGACACCGAAGACUUCAGCGCCAUAUCGCUCAUAUGCGAUUUCGCCACGCUGGUGGGCACGUACGAGAAGGGGUUCGCGUUGAUCCUCGAGCCUUACGACGAGAGGUAUCCGAACAUACCGGACCCGGUGUUCCAGCUGACGUGCCUGGACGCCUCGUACGCCAUCGCGCCCGUGUUCGAUAAGUUCAACAGCGUGUUCAUAACCUCCGGGACGCUGUCCCCGAUCAACCUGUACCCGCAGUUGCUGGGUUUCAAGCCGGUGUGCAGCGCGGCGCUCGACAUGACGCUGACGCGCGAGUGCCUGUGCCCGAUGGUGAUAACCAGAGGCGCGGACCAGCAGAUGGUGAGCACCAAGUUCGACAUGCGCGACGACCCGGGGGUGAUACAGAACUACGGCAGGGUCCUGAUCGACCUCUGCUCGUGCGUUCCCGACGGCAUCGUCGCGUUUUUCGUCUCCUACUCGUACAUGGAACAGAUCAUCAGCAAGUGGCACGAAACCGGGGUACUCCAGCAGGUGAUGCGGCGCAAGUUGGUGUUCCUGGAGACGCAGGACGUGGUGGAGACGAGCUUGGCGCUUGACAACUACAGGCGCGCGUGUAACUGCGGCAGAGGCGCGGUGUUCCUCUCCGUGGCGAGGGGGAAGAUCGCCGAGGGUAUCGAUUUCGAUCGCCACUACGGCAGGGCGGUGAUCAUGUACGGAGUCCCGUACCAGUACACGCUGAGUCGCAUCCUGCGCGCCAGGUUGGAGUACCUGCGCGAGACGUUUCAGAUCAAGGAGGCGGAUUUCCUGUCCUUCGACGCCGUUCGACAGGCUGCGCAGUGCGUGGGGCGGGUCAUCAGGAGCAAAGCCGACUACGGCUUGAUGGUCUUUUGCGAUAAGCGGUACAACUCGCACGAUAAGCGCGGCAAGCUGCCCAAGUGGAUCACGAGCCACCUGCACGAGCAGCAGCUGAACCUGUCCACGGACAUGGCGGUCGCCAUCGCGAGGCAGUUCAUGCGGGACAUGGCGCAGCCGUACGAUCGCGCCGGUCAGAUGGGCAAGAGUUUGUUGGAUCAAAACUCCGUCAACGCCAUGGCGGCGGCGGCGGGCUUCGGACCCCCGACGAUCGGGCCGCCGCCGCCGAAGCCGAUGGGCGGGCCGAUGGGCGGGCCGAUGGGCGGGCCGAUGGGCGGGGCCGGGCCGAUGACCAUAGGAUGA